AUGACUGAACCCACGCCCGAGCCUGCGCCUUCGCGCGAUGCCCGGCCAAGCUCUCCGCUGACCUCUGGAGAGGGGUCGGGGUCCGCCGAGAAGGCUGCACCACCAGUCAAGACAGGCAAAAAGCUGCCAGGAUGGCUGGAUCAUUUCAAUGCGCGCGAUCUCAAAGUGCUGUUCCGAUGCUCGGUGGCAGCAUGGGUCGCGUCGCUAUUGAUAUUUAUUACGCCGUCUCUAAGCACCAUUGGAACUGCGACGUUCUUUGCAACUUUGGUGUUGUUUAUGGUGCCUCCGACCGGAAUUGUCUUCAUCUUCCUUUUGGGAGCCCUCACCCUUGUUCUGGGCAUGGCUAUGGGCUGGGCCUGGGGUGUAAUCGCCAUGAAGGCUGCCAUUGCCGCAAGGCCUGCGGCUGAGACCCAGGCCCGGCUUCAAGCGCUUGGUCAAUUGGCUUAUAGCCAAGCUAAUGCCACCGGCCAAAGUUUGGCUGCUGUUGAGCAGGUUCUUGUUUACUCUGGCUUUAUGCUUGAUGUUCGCGUCACUGCCGUUUACUAUUGUUUAAUCUGUCUAUUUAUCUAUCUAUUGGCCCGUCUUCGGGCAAAGAACCCCAAAUUUAUUCUGCUGCAGAUUUUCGGAACUAUUAUUGUCGACGUUACUUUGACUAUUGGUCCACUGCUUCCAUCUUUCCAAGGGACGAUCCCCAAGGUUCUGGUCGAGCCAGCUGCCAUUGGAAUUGGUCUAGGACUCGUCUCCCAUUUCAUCUUUUUCCCUCAAUCUACCUCCCACACAGUGCUUUACGGUAUCGAAGGCUUGGUGCGACUGCUCAAAGGUCCACUGAAUGCCACAGAAUCCAGCCUUCUGAAGGGAGAAGAGUUGGUGCUGAAGGAUCUGCUCAAAAUUAAAACGAAAACAAUCGCAGCUUACAAAGCCAUUGAGCCAGCAAUGGCGUUUUUGCCCUUGGAUUUCUCUGUUGGCUGGUGGGGUGCCGACGACGUCAAGAGCUUGAAGAAACCGCUACGCCAGGCAUUGAUGGCCAACCUGUCCUUGCUGGAGGUCCACAUUGCACGCCUCGGAGGCGAAGCGAAGCUGGAGAAAUUGCGCCAAAUAACUGCAAGUCGGGAAUCGGACGCGAUAUCAGAAGCCAAUGGCGACGAGAAGAAACGCCCACGCGAGGUUGGUAUGCGACAGCUGAUGCAGAGUGUCAACUUGGUUCAAGCGCUGCGAAGCCCAGAACACGAAUCCCUUCGAUCAGAAACCAUCGAAGCUUUGAAGGAUUCCAGCAAAGAUAUCCUUCCAGCUUGCCAGGAGGCAACUGAGAUAAUUGCCGAAUGUAUUCACAAAGUCAACACGACUCGUUGGUUUGGCAGCUCUUCUAAGGAACACCUUGCCGAGUUGCACGAUCGCAGCCAGGUGGCAUUGACGAAUAUGCAAGCCCUACGCGCGUCAUUCGCAAAUGAAACCACCGAACGACUGAUCGAAACACAUUCCUCAAUCUUCAACGAGAAGGGCGAGCUCACAAAACUCGAUGAAUUUACUGUCCACAGAGUGAGAGGUAUCGUUAUUGGAAUGAUGUUCGAGGAGCAGCUCCUCGGAGUCGCCGACAGCUGGGAGCGAGUCCUGGGGCAAUUAACCGCUCUCCUGAGAGAGCGCCAGAAGGUCCGUCUGUGGCUACCUAGGGGGUUGCGGUACGCUGUCAACUGGGUCCUUCGAAAGGAUGCCGUGGCCCCUGUCAUUGUGGCUCAGAACCCGACCACCGAUCCCGAUGCUGCAGAGGCGCAGUCUAAAGCGGCACAGCAGCAUCUUCGCAUCAGCAGAGGCUACCGUGUGAACAGACCCAGUGGUUUGAGUCGCGUCAUCAUCGGAACUUACCACUGGUUUAUCAGCACAGAAGGCAUGUAUGCUAUGCGCAUGGUUGUUGUCACAAUCGCACUCGCCAUCCCUGCGGCGCUGCCGACCACCGCGGGCUUCUACUACCGCGAAAAAGGGCUCUGGGCGCUCAUCAUGGGACAAACCACUAUGGUCAUCUACAUGGCCGACUUCACGUUCUCCCUCAUCUGUCGAGCUAUCGGUACUAUCGUCGGCGGGGCCUUGGGCUUGGUUGCAUGGUAUAUCGGCUCAGGCCACGGCGAAGGAAAUCCAUACGGUCUCGCCGCUAUCAUGGCAGUUGUAAUCCUUGUCCUAAUGUGGGGACGUGUCUUCGCUCCCCCUGCCUUGCUGCAGGCAAUGAUGAUGGCCGGCGCAACCUGUAUCCUGGUCAUCGGCUACAGCUUCGACGACACCCACAUCCCCUCAUAUGGCAAUCCCGGAUUCGGAUACAGCGUCUUCUGGCGCCGACUAGUCCUAGUCCUCAUCGGAUCUGCAGGUGCCCUAAUCGUCCAACUAUUCCCCCGCCCCCCAUCAGCCUCCCGCCACAUCUGCAAAUCCCUUUCCAACGUCAUCCGCGAAUUAUCAGACCACUACGCCCUCCUCCUAACCUGCUGGGGCCAAGGCCGAGACGAAGGGCUAGCAGCAGAGCAACUGGCCCUCGAUCUAGCCAACAACCUCACCUCCCUAGAAGGACCAAUCGCCCUCCUUCGCUUCGAAUUCUCCAGCUCACCUUUCGACAGCGAACGUCUAAGCCAAGUGAAAUCCCUCUGCCAAGAUCUAAAUCAAAACCUCGGCCGUCUCCUCUACCUCUCCGCUUCACUACCGGAACAUCUCCAAAGCCGUCUAGCCCGCCAAGCGGGCCUUCUCGACCACCGCAAUAUUGGCGAUGUCAUGGCCGUCCUGAGUGUUGUUGAGCAGUCGCUCAAGACUGGUGAUCCGCUUCCGGAAGUCUUGCCUACGCCGUUGCUUAAGCGUUGUCAUGAUUUCUGGAAUAUGCGCCAUGUGGAGAUUACGUUGAGUAAGGAGCUUAUUCGCGAUGAGAACUAUCGCCGUUUUUGUGUGGCUGUUAGUGCUUAUCUUAAGUUCCUGGCUGCCGUUGAUGAUCUUGUUCUUGUCAUGAAGGGGACGCUCGGGGAGUCGCAUAUUGUUGAUCGGGAGCUUGUACAUGGGUUGGAAGAGGAUGUAUAG